CCCUGAGGGCUGACAGCUUCGCAGCGCCACACGUGAUGAUCGGAGCGCGUCACCCAAUCCUGUCGCUCGCCCCGGAGACUGGAGCUCGGCUGACUGACAGAGUGUUGCAGGCUGUUGUAAAUAAAGAAUAAAAAAAAAAUCCCAACAAACUGACAGAGAGAAUAAGCAAGGCAGGCAGCGUUGCGUCAACAGGGUGACAUUUUUUUUCUUUCAUUCAUUCGCUGAAUUGUCUUUUUUUCUGUCUUUUUUCCCCCUCAGAUUUGUGCGUGCCAAGAAAAAAAAAAAAAGAAAGAGGGGGGGGAAGCGAAAACAUGGCUGGUUUGAUGGCAGGUUUUGGUCACUACACCCAUGCCGUCGUCCGGGGAAUCCCCGCGUCCCUGGCCAAAGAGGCGCUCCGGACCAGCCAGGCGGAGGUGGACCUGACAGGGGCGCGGACGGAGCACGACGCGUACGUCGAGGUGCUGCGGACCAAGCUCGGGCUGGAGGUGGUGGAGCUCCCGGCGGACGAGUCGCUCCCGGACUGCGUGUUCGUGGAGGACGCGGCGGUGGUGUGCGGCGAGACGGCGCUCAUCACCAGACCCGGGGCGGAGAGCAGGAGGAGAGAGACUGAGGUGAUGAAAGAAGCUCUGAAGGAUCUAAAUUUGAACAUAGUGGAAAUGACUGAUGAGAACGCGACUCUGGAUGGAGGAGACGUUCUGUUCACAGGUCGAGAAUUCUUUGUGGGCCUUUCUAAACGGACGAAUCAGAGAGGAGCUGAGAUCCUAGCUGAUGCAUUUAAGGACUAUGCUGUGUCCACUGUGCCAGUGCUGGAGGGCCUACACCUGAAGAGCUUCUGCAGCAUGGGAGGACCAGGGCUUAUCAUCAUCGGCUCCAGCGAACCAGCACAGAAAGCUCUCAAAAUCAUGCAGCAAAUGAGUGACCAUCGCUACGACAAGCUGACGGUACCGGAUGAUAUUGCUGCCAACUGCAUCUACAUGAAUCUGCCCGACAAAGGACACGUGCUUCUGCACUGCACGGCGGAGGAGUUUCCAGAGAGCGUAAAGGUGUUCGAAAAGCUGAAAGACCACAUGCUGAUUCCUGUGUCCAAUUUGGAGAAGGUCAAAGUGGACGGGGCCCUCACAUGCUGCUCCGUGCUCAUCAACAAGAAGGCAAACAUCUGAGCGUGCUGAAUAGAGCUCUUUCACUGCGUGCUAAUCCAGCACUGUAGCUGGCAUACAGUAUAAUGUUGAACAACAAUACCGAGGCACUUAGACGAGAGAUAAGGACGUUAAAGGUUCUUUUUAUUGCAUACUAUCUACAGGGAGGCCAGCAGGUCAUCCCUUCACUACACCGAGAUUACAAUAAGUCUAACUGUGAGGGUAGUUUAGAUGAUAAACAUAAAACGUCAGGUUAUCAAUGUCUCACAAGAAAUCAGGAUUGGAUAUUGAACUCGGCUCCAUUUUGCUCCGACCUUUAAAUUGGCAGUGUUCAACAUGUAAAAAGCCAGCAACAGGACAACGAUAGCCGUCUCUUUUACUGUAAGAUCUGAUUUAAAAUCACUAGAGGAAUGUAUAUGCCAUGUUGAAUCCCUUUCUCGAACCUGCUGAGGAUUCACAGCUUAUGUGUUGACCAAUUUCUGAACGCCAUUCAAUGUUUAUGACCCUUACAGAGAACCCCACUGAAAUUAGCAGUGAUGCAGCAGAUACUUAUUUUCACAUCGUAGGCCUAAAUCUUAACCUCACACUGUUCUGCAGAUCUAAAAGGUACACUAUUAAUGAAAAAGAUGUGUAUAGAGUUAGUUUUAUUGUUUACAUGCACCAUUUAACUGUGAUUUACCUAUUGUGUGUUCUCGUGCCUAAAUAGUGUGAGUAAAACUUCAUUUUUUUUAAAGAAAUGUAUUCUGGACCAAGGUCAUAGAAACGCCCUAGCCUAUACCAUGGUUGCAAAAAUUCGUUUUGCCUUCAUGUUAUGACACAUUCACAUUAAAAUGCUGACUGUUUCCAUACA